UCCUCCAACAGUGCCAACACCAUAAAGCAAAAACGAAACCCACACCCCCCACAUAUCCUCUCUCACACAAAGAAAGAGAGACACUUCCUUCGUACCAAUGUCCCCGAACCGACCAGUCUUCUCCGUCUUUGUUUUCUUCUCCAUUCUUCUGCCCGCCUCUACGGGUCUGCCAAACCCCGACCCGGCCACAAUCCUGCCAUUCCACCCAACCCAAUCUUCACCAGGAACAAUCCCUGCAUUCCCCGAACAAUCCAAUGUGGCCGGCUGCCCGCUAGACCUCCCGGAUGAGCUUUUCCACGGGAUAAAGGCCGCGUGUGGCGCCGCAAAGGAUGGCGCCGAUGGGCAGCUCCACCGCAGCCGGUGCUGCCCUGUGCUAGCCACGUGGCUGUACGCUGCCUACUCUGCCACAGCCCUAGGGAGGGCGAGCAGAGUGGGCGCCGCCGCUGCAGGUCAUAGCAGUGCCACCACGACGUCGUAUGACCUUCCGCUUCUGCCGGACGAUUCAGAAACCUGCGUGGAUGACUUGGGGAAAGCCCUCAAGGAAAAGGGAAUACAAGUGGCGAGACCCAAUGAAACCUGUGAUGUAAUGUACUGUUACUGCGGCAUAAGGCUGCACCCGCUGAGCUGCCCGGAGGCGUUCUCGGUGACCCAGAUGGGGAAACUUGUUGGGGAUGACAGUGUGAAGAGGUUGGAGAGGGAUUGCUUGAGUAGCAGCUCCAAUGUCAACGCAUUUCCAGGUCUUGGUGGGUGCUCCAGGUGCUUGAACAGUCUCUAUAUGCUUAACAAGAAGAAAGCUUUAAAUUCAAGCAAAUCAGAGGCCAGGACCACAAAAAUGCACAACAAGGAGUGCCAGCUCAUGGGACUGACAUGGCUGCUCGCCAAGAAUCGAACGGCUUACAUUCACACAGUUUCGGCGGUCAUCCGAGCAAUCAUGAUGAGCACGACCGGCUCUGAUCCUCGGUCGUGCACUCUGGACAGCGACGGAAUGCCUCUAGCAGUCGAUUCCUCUGAAUUCUACGGCCAUUCUUCAUCAAACAACCACCUUAGAGCACCCAUCUACCUCUGCCUGUUGUUACUUUGUUGCCUGUAUAUGUUGUUCACCUUCCAGUGACAGUCAGUAGUUGUUGUUCUCUGUUUUGUUGUUGGUAAUAUGAGAAUGCCCUGUUUGUUGUUUGUAGCUGUUAGUGUAGGGUAAACUAGAAUGUUUUAUUGAUUAGGCAUUUCCUGCAAAUUGAAAGAAACUUCUGAUGUGGGCCUCCAAUAACAUGUGCUAUAGACGCUACUGCUUGGUUUUGGAGAGACAAUUUUUUCAAUUAUGGCCCUUGUUUUGGUAGCAUUCA